GAGUAUGAAUGCUGGUAGGUUAGCUUAUAAUCAGUGUACAGAGCGUAAAUUUCUAUGCAGCGAGAUUCGUGGCAGCCACGGCGCUCCUUAUCCAUGACCUUAUAAAUAACACGCUACGCAACGCCUAGUCUACACAAUCACCACUACUUUCUACUGGAGCAAUUACUCAAACACAUGGUGGGCAUGAUCAAACGACCUCGACUCCAGCACGAGGAAGGAGAUCGUGAGAUGGCCAAAGUCCUCAUCCUCCUCUCCCACGAUGGUGAUGACAAAAAAAAUUCGCCGCCGGUUCCAUCGCCUCCGGCGGGGAGGAUCUUCGAGUGCAAGUCGUGCAACCGGCAGUUUGCGACGUUCCAAGCGCUGGGAGGCCACAGGGCGAGCCACAAGAAGCCCAAGGUUGCAGGGGAAAGGGAGGCGCUGGAAGUGAAGACGAAGGUGCACGAGUGCUCAAUCUGCGGGCUAGAGUUCGCCGUCGGGCAGGCGCUCGGAGGACACAUGAGGCGCCACAGGGCAGCGGCGGAGGCUGAGAAAAAGGGAGUUAUGUGGAUGGAUUUGAAUUUGACGCCGAUGGAGAAUGAUUUAGUGAUGAGGAAGAUGGCAGGGAUUGGUGUUGGGAUUGGAGAUAGGAUUCCAGUGGUUGAUUGCUUUCAUUGAUUUUUUUUCCUUCUUAAAUUUGUUCUUUGUUGUUAAUAGAGAGGAUAGAUAUCAUACCUUAUUUUAAUAAUAUUGAAGACCUUUCUUUUUGUUAUUUA